GAGGAGGUGAAAGUUUCUCCCCAGGAAGAUAAACCGCAAAAGACAAUAUUGUGCAUGAUUUGCGCCUUUUCUUUGGCAUUUUCUUUCUUUCUUUUUUUGCCCUCCCUCCCUCUCCUCCCCCCUAUUUUUUUUUUUGCAAAAAAAAAAAAAGCAGAGGGGGGAAAAAGGAGAGUGAAGGAGCGAGGAGGCAAGCCUGAGAGAAAGGCGAGAGAGAGAGAGAGAGAUAGAGAGAGAGAGAAAGAGAGAGAGAGAGAGAAAAGAAAGGGCGAGGGGGUAGUGCAGAAGUGAGGAGGGGCGGACGGCGCGAGACGGAGCGAGCGAGCGAGCCAGUCGCGGCUCUGGCGCUCACAUUCCUCUAUGCUACAAAUCCGGGAGGAAGUUUUUUUGGGGGGCUGAGAUGCUCCCUGCCUUCCCCCGGGCUGCCUUGACGCGGGCCGCGCCCGGCAGCGACUGAGCGGCGAGCCAGUGCGAGCCGGGGCCGGCGGCGGGGUCUGCCCGGAGCCCGCCUCGCUCGCGGCCCGCAGCCGUCCGGCUUCCCCGCGCCCGGCCCGGCGGGCGAGGACUCCGCGAGGUGGGUCGGCUCCCCCUCCCUCCUCCUCCUCCUCCUCCUCCUCCUCCUCCUCCUCCUCUUCUUCCUCCUCUUCCUCCGCCUCCCGUACCUCCUCCUCCUCUUCCUCCUCCUCCUCCUCCUCCUCCUCCACCUCCUCCUCCUCCUCCUCCCGACUUUCCCUCCUCGGCGGGCGAGGGUGGGGGGGGGCGGGGGAGGCCGGGGCUCGCCCCGAGCAGCCACGAUGCUCCUGGACGCCGGCCCCCAGUACCCCGCGAUCGGCGUGACCACCUUCGGCGCGUCCCGCCACCACUCGGCGGGCGACGUGGCCGAGCGCGACGUGGGCCUGGGCAUCAACCCGUUCGCCGACGGCAUGGGCGCCUUCAAGCUCAACCCCAGCUCGCACGAGCUGGCCUCGGCGGGCCAGACGGCCUUCACGUCGCAGGCGCCCGGCUACGCGGCGGCCGCGGCCCUGGGCCACCACCACCACCCGGGCCACGUCGGCUCCUACUCGAGCGCCGCCUUCAACUCCACGCGGGACUUUCUGUUCCGCAACCGGGGCUUCGGCGACGCGGCGGCGGCCGCCAGCGCGCAGCACAGCCUGUUCGCCGCCUCGGCCGGGGGCUUCGGGGGUCCCCACGGCCACACGGACGCGGCCGGCCACCUCCUCUUCCCCGGCCUGCAUGAGCAGGCGGCCGGCCACGCGUCGCCCAACGUGGUCAACGGGCAGAUGCGGCUGGGCUUCUCGGGGGACAUGUACCCGCGGCCCGAGCAGUACGGCCAGGUGACCAGCCCGCGCUCCGAGCACUACGCCGCGCCGCAGCUGCACGGCUACGGGCCCAUGAACGUGAACAUGGCCGCGCACCACGGCGCCGGCGCCUUCUUCCGUUACAUGCGCCAGCCCAUCAAGCAGGAGCUCAUCUGCAAGUGGAUCGAGCCCGAGCAGCUGGCCAACCCCAAAAAGUCGUGCAACAAAACUUUCAGCACCAUGCACGAGCUGGUCACGCACGUCACCGUGGAGCACGUCGGCGGCCCCGAGCAGAGUAACCACAUCUGCUUCUGGGAGGAGUGUCCGCGCGAGGGCAAGCCCUUCAAAGCCAAAUACAAACUGGUCAACCACAUCCGCGUGCACACGGGCGAGAAGCCCUUCCCCUGUCCGUUCCCGGGGUGUGGGAAGGUCUUCGCGCGCUCCGAGAACUUAAAGAUCCACAAAAGGACGCACACAGGGGAGAAGCCCUUCAAGUGCGAGUUCGAGGGCUGCGACCGCCGCUUCGCCAACAGCAGCGACCGCAAGAAGCACAUGCACGUGCACACGAGCGACAAGCCCUAUCUGUGCAAGAUGUGCGACAAGUCCUACACGCACCCCAGCUCGCUGCGCAAGCACAUGAAGGUCCACGAAUCGUCGUCGCAGGGCUCGCAGCCUUCGCCGGCCGCCAGCUCGGGCUACGAGUCGUCCACGCCGCCCACCAUCGUGUCUCCCUCCACAGACAACCCGACCACCAGCUCCCUGUCGCCCUCCUCGUCCGCGGUGCACCACUCGGCCGGCCACGGCGCGCUCUCUUCCAAUUUUAACGAAUGGUACGUGUAAACUCAGCACCCCCCCGGCGGCCACCCUAUUUAAGAGACUGAGCACACACACGCGCGCGCGGGGCGCAGGACCGUGCCGAGAGCACCCCGGGAAGCCACGCGGCGCCCCUGCCCCCCACCCCUCCCCACACAGCCGGUUUCGUGGUCUUGUUUGGUGUUAAACCUUCCGAGAGACCCCACCCCCCCUCCCAGGACCGAGUCAGUGAGACGGAGCACCAAACCUUUCUAUUAUUCCCUCCGAUCUUUCGUUUGUUUUCCUUUUAUUGGAGAUUCUCUCUCUCUCUCUCUCUCUCUCUCUCUCUCUCUCUCUCUCUCUCUCUCUCUCUCUCUCUCUCCCUCUUUGGUAUUUUUUUUCUUUUCCUCCUCUCUGUCUCUCUCUUUUUCUUGCAAAGACUUGGUAGCCAAGGGGCGGGAAGGGAGGCGGCCAAGGAGCUGGCGGCCGCUGGACCCCAGGAUGCCCACCCCGAGGGCCAGUUUUCUCGGCGCCAGCAAAACAGGCUUUUGGGGCUUUUUCUUUGGCUCCACCCCCCCCUUCUGAUUUGUUUUUUUGGUGGGCUUUGCAUUCUUGUAAAUACAGAAUUAUUAGCUUACAGCUGUACUGUUGGAUUCUGUAAAUAGUUAUAUCUCGGUUGGAGCGGGCGGGCGGGGUCGUGGCGUCGUGGUCUUUG